CUCAUUCAUUUUGUUGAUAAUGGUAGAACUCUAAGAUGAGGUAGCAAACCAUAUUAAAAUUUGCAUCUACAUUUUGUCCACUUACAAAUAUACCUAUGAUGAUUCCUUGGUGGGUUGUUCUUAUUUCUAGCAUAAUGAUUUCUAAGAGGUUCUUUUUUCUCCUCUUGCUAGCACACCUUCAACCAGAAGCAUUGGUGAAAGGAGAUGGCACUUUGAUAAAGAAAACUUGCAAGAACACCAACUACUUCGAUCUAUGCUUCUCCUCCUUGAAAUCCGAUCCAAGCAGCACCAACGCAGACCCAAAGGGCUUGGCUGUGAUCAUGGUUGGGAUUGGAAUGGCCAAUGCUACUUCCACUUCUCUCUAUUUAUCCUCUCAGACUCGGUUGCUUGGCACUGCCAACGACUCCACCAAAAGGGUGCUGAAGGAGUGUGCAGAGAAGUACACCUAUGCCAACGAUGCCCUCCAAGCUUCUGCACAGGAUCUGGCUAAUGAGGCAUAUGACUAUGCUUCCAUGCACAUCGCUGCAGCUUCUGAUUACCCAAGUGUUUGUCACAACAUGUUCAAACGUUACCAAGGUUUGGUUUAUCCUCCUGAGCUGGCUCGUAGAGAGGACGGUUUGAAGCGUAUAUGCGAUGUUGCUCUGGGGAUUGUUCAGAAUCUUGAUUAGUUGGUAGGUAAUGUGAACCACUUAACUGUUACCUGGUGUUUAUUUCAUUCAGUAGAAGUUGUUCUAUGUAAUUUAUUCAGUGUUUUUAUAAAGCUUAUCAGUUUUUCCUUUA